CUUGAUCUAUCUAUAAAUCAAUUUUCUGGAAAAAUCCCUCCAGAAAUUGGUCUUCUAAGAAGUCUCACAUUUCUCUAUAUCUAUGAAAAUAAUCUUUCUGGUACUAUUUCCUUGGAGAUAGGAAACUUGAAAUCAUUGGUGGAUCUAGAGUUGACCACCAAUCAACUCAGUGGUUCAAUUCCGCCAACACUAGGGAAUCUGACUAACCUUACCACUCUCUAUCUCUUUGAAAAUAAUCUUUCUGGCACUAUUCCCUUGGAGAUAGGAAACUUGAAAUCAUGGGUGGAUCUAGAGUUGACCACCAAUCAACUCAGUGGUUCAAUUCCGCCAACAUUGGGAAUCUGACUAACCUUACCACUCUCUAUCUCUUUGAAAAUAAUCUUUCUGGCACUAUUUCCUUCGAGAUAGGAAACUUGAAAUCAUUGGUGAAUCUAGGCUUCAGCACAAAUCAACUCAGUGGUUCAAUUCCGCCAACACUGGGGGAUCUGACCAACCUUGCCACUCUCUAUCUCCAUACAAAUAAUCUUUCUGGCACUAUUCCCUUGGAGAUAGGAAACUUGAAAUCAUUGGUGGAUCUAGAGUUGUCCACCAAUCAACUCGGUGGUCCAAUUCCGCCAACACUGGGGAAUUUGACUAACCUUACCACUCUCUAUCUCUUUGAAAAUAAUCUUUCUGGCACUAUUCCCUUGGAGAUAGGAAACUUGAAAUCAUUGGUGAAUCUAGGCUUGAGCACAAAUCAACUCAGUGGUUCAAUUCCGCCAACACUGGGGGAUCUGACCAACCUUGCCACUCUCUAUCUCCAUACAAAUAAUCUUUCUGGCACUAUUCCCUUGGAGAUAGGAAACUUGAAAUCAUUGGUGGAUCUAGAGUUGACCACCAAUCAACUCAGUGGUUCAAUUCCGCCAACACUGGGGAAUCUGACUAACCUUACCACUCUCUAUCUCUUUGAAAAUAAUCUUUCUGGCACUAUUCCCUUGGAGAUAGGAAACUUGAAAUCAUUGGUGAAUCUAAUCUUGAGCACAAAUCAACUCAGUGGUUCAAUUCCGCCAACAUUGGGGGAUCUGACCAACCUUGCCACUCUCUAUCUCCAUACAAAUAAUCUUUCUGGCACUAUUCCCUUGGAGAUAGGAAACUUGAAAUCAUUGGUGGAUCUACAGUUGAACACCAAUCAACUCAGUGGUUCAAUUCCCUUGGAGAUAGGAAACCUGAAAUCAUUGGUGAGUCUAGACUUGAGCGCUAAUCAACUUAGUGGUUCAAUUCCGACAACACUAGGUGAUCUGAACAACCUUACCAGUCUUUAUCUUCAUCUAAAUAACCUCUCUGGCACCAUUCCGAAAGAGUUGGGAAAUAUCCAUGAGUUGACAGAAUUGAUAUUAUCUAAUAACCAAUUUUCGGGUUAUUUGCCACAGAACAUUUGCGGAAGUGGAUCACUCACAAACUUUUCAGUAGGCUCCAAUCAUUUGAGUGGUCCAAUCCCAAAAAGCUUUAAAACUUGCACGAGAUUAUUCAGAGUCCGUCUUCAAGGAAACCAAUUGACAUGCAACAUAUCUGAAGACUUUGGUGUUUAUCCGAGUUUGAAUUUUAUAGAUUUGAGCAACAAUCAACUUUAUGGUGAAAUCUCACCAAAUUGGGGAUUGUGCCCAAAUUUAACAACCCUACUAAUAGCGGGAAACAACCUUACUGGUUCUAUACCAACCGAGAUUGGAAAUGCAACCCAAAUUCAUGAGCUUGAUCUUUCUUCAAAUGGUUUAGUGGGGGCAAUUCCAAAGGAGUUUGGAGGGUUAACGUCAAUGGUGAAGCUGAUGUUGGAUGGCAAUCAACUUUCAGGUCGUGUCCCUUCAGAGUUGAAAUCAUUGACUGAUCUAGAAUAUCUUGAUCUGUCAGCAAACGAAUUCAAUGAUUCAAUUCCAAGUUUUGUAGGUGAUUUUCAAAAGUUACAUUACUUGAAUUUAAGCAACAACAAGUUCAGUCAAGCAAUUCCAUUCCAGUUGGCAAAGUUAAUUCAUCUGUCUCAGCUAGAUUUGAGUUUUAACGCAGUUGAAGGUCAGAUACCGUCAGAUGUUAGUAAUAUGCAGAGUCUGGAAAUACUUAAUAUAUCCCACAACAAUCUUUCUGGUUUCAUUCCAACAAGUUUUGAAGACAUGCACGGGUUGUCGUAUGUAGACAUAUCCUACAAUGACUUGGAAGGUCCACUUCCCAACAACAAAGCAUUUCAAGCUGCUACUCCAGAAGCAUUGCAAGGGAACAAGGGCUUGUGUGGCAACGCACGAUUUUUGCAAGCCUGCAACAAACAAAACCCAAAAAAGGACCACAAACUCGUAUUUAUGAUAAUCUUCCCUAUUCUCGGAGUAUUUUCACUUCUAGCCUUUAUAUUUGCAUUGGUAGGAAAAAGGAAAAAGAAGGAUCAGCAUGGAGAAACAACCAACAUGAAUGAAGAAUUUUCUUAUUCAAUAUUAAAGUUGGAUGGAAAAACGAUGUUUGAGGAAAUCAUGAGGGCAACAGAAGAUUUUGAUCCCAUGUAUUGCAUAGGGCAGGGAGAACAGGGAAGUGUCUUCAAAGCAACUUUGUCAUCCACUUACACAGUGGCCGUGAAGAAACUCCAUUUGCCAUGCGAUGAUAACAAGAAUCUUCAGAAGGCAUUCUUGAAUGAAAUUAGGGCACUAACUGAGAUGCGUCACCGAAAUAUUGUGAAGCUUUAUGGUUUUUGUUCACAUAGGCUACACUCAUUUUUGGUGUAUGAUUAUCUGGAAAAGGGUAGUUUAGCCACGAUGUUGAGCAAAGAUGAGGAAGCCAAAGAACUGGGGUGGAGUAAAAGGCUGAAUAUAGUUAAAGGUGUAGCUCAUGCGUUGUGUUACAUGCAUCAUGAUUGUUUGCCACCGAUUGUGCAUCGCGACAUAUCGAGCAAGAAUAUUUUGCUGGAUGAUGAGUAUGAGGCCUGUGUUUCAGACUUUGGCACGGCUAAGUUCUUGAACCCGGACUCAGCUAAUUGGACUGCCCUUGCAAGCACAUAUGGAUAUAUUGCACCAGAGCUGGCUUAUACGAUGGAAGUGAAUGAGAAGUGCGAUGUUUAUAGCUUUGGAGUGGUGACAUUGGAGACAGUUAUGGGAAGACAUCCGGGAGAUCUUCUCUCAUCUCUAUCUUCGGGGGCGUGUUCAUCAUCGUCAACUGCAUUACCAGCCCAUCAACUGCCUGAAUUUGCCCUCCUACAGGUGAAGUUGUCUCUGUUGUGAAGGUAGCAUUUGCAUGCCUGAAUUCCAACAAUGAAGCAAGUUUCUCAACACCUCUCAACUCAAAGUCUGCAUUUGUCAGAUCCAAUAUCUAUGAUAACAUGCGGUGAAUUGCUUGCUUCUAAUGGUUUCACUACCUCAUG